AUGGAAGAUCCUUGCGGCGAGUUGGAAGUGCGUGAGCCAGAUGGCCGAGUCGCGCAUAUCUCUCCGGGGAGCUACGCGCUGCACGUGUUGCGGGGCCUGCCGUUCCGUGGGGCAACUCCGCCGGAGCUGGGCGAAGGCCCAAGCGUUGAUGGGCUGGGAACUUGGCGCCAGUGGCAGGAGGCGAGCUAUCAGCUUUGGCAGGAGUUCUUGGAGCAAUGCCGGCGUAGAUUGGGCUCAGCUCCACUGACAGGCCUUCCUGCUAAGUCUUCCCAGUUGCUGGUGCUCAUUGAGAUGCGUCAGCACCAGGACCUGGAGGUGGUCCUGAGGCAGUCCCUGUCCGUACUGGCCACUGGAGCCCUGGAUGCGAUUGGGUUGACACUGGAGCCCUGGAGCCCAAUCCUCCGGAUCCGGAAAGCGCGCGGCGCGCCACUAGUGCCUAUGGCGCUGGUGGACGAGCAGGGCGCCGCAGUGGUGGUGGGUGAGACGCUGGGCAGGUGGCUGGAGGCGGGAGAUUUCUUCUUCGGGGGCGAGGACCACGAGGAGGACGAGAUCCUGGAGCUGGGCCCUCACACCUUCCCCCGGGACUGGCCGGACGUCUACGAGGAGAGCGCUGCUCUGCGGGGGCUGCUGGGCAGGCGCGGCAUCUGCGCGGCCAAGCGCGUGAGCGUGGUGCCCAAGCCCCAGCCGCUGGACGGACUGGAGGUGCGCUACCUCCAAAGCUACGCCAAUGCCUGCAACGCUGCCAUCGCUCGAGGGCUUGAGGUCGUGGAAGGCUGGGCCAUCUACGACCUCUUGGACGAUGUGACGGGCGCGGCCUUCCUGGCUGAGAGGUAUUGGUGGAAUGCCGGACCGGACGGGACCUGGUACGACUACUCCCCGUUCCCGGAGAACAUGGAGUUCAUGCUCCUUGCGGAAGCCUUUUGUCCUACAGGACCACGGGAGCCAGAAGCGCUCACGCAGCAGCAGCAGGCGCUGGCGGAGCUGCUGCUGCGGCGCCGCUUCCCCAAGGCGCGCCGCGCCAAGCUGGGCCUUGUGACGCUCAAAGCGCCGCCGCUGCCGGAGCCCAAAGCGGCGCCGGAGUUGCCGGAGGCGGAGCCGGCGGAGGAUGCGCCGGCGCCGAUUCCGGAGCCGGAAGCAGCGUGCGCCUCCGGGGAAGUAGCGCCCGAGCAACCGCUGAAGACGGGGCAGCAACCACAAUCGGAGCAGCGAGAGCAGCCAGAGCCGGAGCAAGCCGAGCCAGCAGAGCAACCGGAGCAGCAGGAGGAACGAGAGGCGACACCUGAGCCGGCACCGCCAGAGCCUGUCGAGGAGCCUCUCACUGCAGAGGCGGCCCGGCAACUGGCGAGGCGGUGCAAGGAGGAGCACGGCCCUGGCGCCGUGGCGGAGGCUUUGCGCCGCCUCAACUGCGCGGAGUCCUGCGAUCGCCUCAUCACUGCAGGCCUCUCGGGCGCGCUGGUGCCGCAGCUGGGGCGGCGAGAUGGCGUGCAGCUGCUGCGGGCGCUCUGCGAGAAGAGUCUCAAGCCAGGACCCGGCUGCCCGGCUCACAAGCGCGUGGCUGAGGCGCUGAUGUCCGCGGACGGGAUGAAGUCCUUGGUGGCACAGCUCGCGGUGAAGGAGAGCUGGGGCCUUGGGCGGCCUUCGCGUUGGGCCAUCUGUGCAUCCGGAACCCCCUGGCGCAGGUGCGCGCCGGGCGCUGCCAGGCGAUACGCUGCACGGUGCGCUUGCUGA